ACUUGCAGUUGCAGUCGGUGUUUGCAAAUUUUGCUUGCAUUUUGCUAGAUAACAAAAUUUCAGAAAUUUCUUACAAAUAUUGUUUACCAAGCUAAACAAUAUUACCUGUAUGAUUCACAAACUGUGUAACAUUCCUUCCUACAAAUCUGGAUGAAGAUAAAAUGAUUGCGGCGUCUGAACCACUGGAGUUUGUGCCGCACGGUCGGACUGUCCUUGCAAAGCAUCCUGGGAAGAUAUACAACAAGGGGCACAAUGUAUCAAUGUCAGAAACCACCUUACUGUAUAAGUUAACCAAUGUGGCGAUAAAAGAUGAUAGUUUGGUCGAAUCCAAAGAUGAUGAACAAGAAUGGUGGACGAUAAGAGAAGUGUACUACAAGGCUCAAGACCUCGAAGAUAUAGAAACAGAAUCCGCGAAAGACUCAAAAUAUGAAUAUGAGUCAUUUCGACCACCGAGUCGUCUCAAAAAUGACUUCAACAUAUCUAUAAAGUCGGAACUCAUGAGCGGCCUGAAGAAAGAUGAAGCUGGACCAUCUAGAGCAGGCAGUGCCAAUAGCUCCAGUAACAUGUCCAAGAAAUUUAACUUAAAUAGCGCUCAAAACACACAACCUAACAAGAAACGGCUCAACCCAAAAACCGAUUGUUAUUAUGAGGAAGAGUUAUAUGUUAAGGGAUGUACUGCUGUAUGGUCGAAAGGAUUGAUCUCAACACCUGGUUCAAAAACAUCAGCCUCCGAACAACGCGAAACCAUAGCUUGUUUCACCCUCGACAAUCCCAUCAAACACGCCGCAUUCGCAGAUUUCCACAUAGACAUAAAUAACACCAUGCUCAUAGACGCACUGAAUUCACAGAUCGGAGAUUCCAAGAAAAACAUAAAAAUCGAAGACAAUACGGAACACAUAAAGAGCAAAACUAUGCCAUCAAUACUGCUCAUAGACAAUAAAUGUAUGAGGGUAUAUGCUAUGGAUGGCAGGGAAUAUAUAACCAGCAUCCCUUUUCAAGUCAAACAAGUGUGGCCAAUGAAAUACGGAGUGCUCCUCGAAAAAGAAACAACACCCAUUUUACACAAUGCCACAUUGCCGCUAUCGUUUUUGAAACUGAAUGAAUCUCACAACAACUCGUUUUCGCGGUCUAGGACAUUUAAGCAUCAGAUGAGCGCAAAGUUGCGGGCAGAAUCGAUAUCUGGAUUCGAUUCAGACUGCCCGCUACCCACAUGCUUUUCUCUCAGUCAUCCGUUGGACGAAGUUACACCGAUACUAAUGAAGUCGCCUUCACAAGGUCUGCAAUACUACAAUGAUGGCGAUUUACAAAUAAUAUUCGUCAGUUCGAACCCCAGCAUCAUACUGCUAUAUGAUUGGAAGUUAGGAACGCACUCGUUAUGGAAACUACGUAAAGCAUCGCGAGAUGAAUGCCUCGCCGUGUGCUCUAACAUGAAUUCAACUGUAUUCAGCCAGUCGUGUGAUUUUGUGAACAGUCCAAUGCAAAGUAUGGGGAAGUCUAUGAACAGUUGGACCGGGAGUCCGUUCCAUUCGAAGAAAGGACCUUUAACUCCGUCCAGAUCGAGACAGAACAGUCCUAUGGCUAAUAUGUUUCACCAGCAGGGGUUGUCGCCACAUGCGUCUAUAGGCCAAGCUAGCUCCGCUUCAAUGUUGGCUAAUACAAUGAUACAAAAUCCACCAUCGCUACCCUUAUACCCGGAUGUGUGUAUCGACCAUAUAUACACAGAUAGUCAAGUUAUACGACGCGAUCCCAUAGAGAAUCCCAAAGACAUAAAGGCGUUUCUGCACACUGACUUGGUAGGUCACAACUAUUUAUGCUACAUGGUGAAAGUGGAGGGGGUGAGCAAGUUACAGAUAAUGCGGUUGAAGAAAUCUCACAGUCACGGGCAGUCGUCUAAAACGAACAUUAUUGUUGGUUGGGUUUCAUCCGUAAUGGCCAGAGAUGCAGUGGUAUUGGAGCAUUUAAAAAUGAUGGCACUGAUUGAUGAAACUGGGAAUAUUAUUCUACAGUCUGGAAACAAUUUUGUUGGCAAGGUCCACGUGGGCGGCGUUCUCGCCAGGCUCAUAGACUCUCCGUACACCAAGCGGUCCACUUUCCAGUCGCCAUUCCCUCGCCGCAGCAGCCUUCUGCCGACGCGGUGUGACAAUACUACGUUCGACGACUCGGCUCUGCACUUGUUGUCGCCUGUACCACACUCAUCAGCUUCGAGGAUCGAGCAGAAGGAGUCUUUGGGUGUCCGCGGGCUGCGCGACGCGGCCGGCAGCCGGCUGAGCGUGCGCUUCGAGGCGGGGCAGCUGUACCGCGUGGCGCUGCCGCCGCCCGCGCGCGCGCCGCUGCUGGCGCGCUGCUCCGCCGCGCUCGCCGCCGCGCUGCCGCCCGACGUCACCGUGCAGGUUAUCAUCAAAUGGUACGGAAUACGGAACGCACCCGGCACGCAGGACCUCACCCCGGAACAGGAAUGGGAAAUGUUCUCGAACAUGAUGCUCUCGCUCAUCGGAUACGACGUGGACAAAUCGCAGAAGCAAACCGAUGAAGAAGUGGAGGUCGUCACCAAAAAGCAAAGGACCUCCAGCGACGGCACCCAGGACGAUUGGGAGUACUUAUUAAACUCGGAACUCCACAAAACGAUCGGCCAAUCGCUAUCGAACAUGCUGAACCUGCCAGCGCUACAGACAGAGGAGAAGCACCGCAAAAUAGAAGAAGUAAAACCGGUGCAAUUUAACACCAACUCUCUAUUAUUUCCGUACACGGUGCACGUGUUUUACACAUUCCAUUUGCUAUACGAAGAUUUCAAGUUGAACACGCUCCUGGGCAGCGACUUGAAACACCUGUCCACGUUCUUGUAUCGCAUCGCGAGGGAUUUGAGUCUGGACAAAUACGUCGAUCAUUAUUGGCUGGAUUUCCCAACGGAUUUCAAUUAUGCCGGGGAGUGUGACUCCCACCUGUGUGAGGAGGUGCUAAAGAAAUUGGUCCAACCCAAUUACUUCAGUGUGGACCCGCCCAAUAUAUUUGCGUAUUUGAACUCGUUGAUGAAGGAUGUCGACGAUGGAUACUACCCGUAUAUGCCGCAAGUCAAUGAUCUAUCCCGGGAUAUUAUCGAGGUGGUGUGCGCGGGCGGCAGCGGGCGCGGCGCGGGGGUGCGCGCGGUGUGCGCGGGCGAGGGCGGCGCGCCCGCCAGCAGCACGCCGCGCGCGCCGCCCCCCGCCGCCCCCGCCGCGCCGCACUGCCGCGCCGUCAUGCUGGCGUGCGAGAGGGGAAUAAGCCCACGCGAUGUAGACAACCUGCCUCCAGCGGUGGGCCUGAUGCUGAUCUCCAUCUUCAGCAGAUGCAAAGCCGACCCUCCCGUGGACUGGCCCUUGGAGGCUUACCGGCUUGCGAUGAGGGAGGAUCUGGCUCUACAGGCGGAAAUCGCUGAGACAAUUAAGUCUACGGAUGAGUAUAUGGAAACUCUAGCGCUUGAAGUUCUAGAGAAAGAAACAGCAUACUCACAACAGAACAAUCCCAUGGAGGAACUACAGAACAACGAGGAAGAGGCCACCGGGAUGGAGCACAUGAAUACGAAGCUCUUGAAAUUGUUGUAUCCGAGGGACCAUAGAAUGGAGGAAGUGUACAGCCUCCUGCAAUCGUCGAUUCCGGUGACGAUACAUUUGUUGCAACGACCCGAGAUAUCGGAUCACGACUUUAUAGAAGAGCAGGAGAAGUAUCUGUAUGCGAUGGGGACGAGGACUAUGGCGUUGCCGGUCGGCAGGGGGAUGCUGACCCUGCGCAGCCUGCCGUGCUCCCCCACGGAGCCGCUGACGCUGCCCAAGCUGUGCGUGAGCGGGCGCGGGCCGCCGCCGCGCUGCAACACCAUCAACCUCAGCGCCAACGACACGUCCCCACAUUGCCUGCUGUGGCCCACUUUCCACAACGGGGUCGCCGCCGGCCUGGCCCUGGUGCCCAUGACCGGCUCCAACAUCGACUCCAGCUGGAUCAUUUAUAAUAAACCCCGGGGCACACAGGACAUGUCAACAGAGCACGCGGGAUUCCUGCUCGCUCUGGGGCUGAACGGCCACUUGAAGGAUAUGCCCUACAUGAAUAUGUACGAGUAUCUUGUUAAGUGCCACGAGAUGAUCAGCAUCGGCCUGCUGCUGGGUCUGGCCGCUACUUAUAGAGGCACAAUGGACGUGCAAGCGACCAAGAUGCUCAGCAUCCACGUGGAGGCGCUGCUGCCGGCGAGCAGCGUGGAGCUGGACAUCCAGCACGGCAUCCUAGUGGCUGCCGUGCUGGGCGUGGGCCUGCUGUACCAGCGCACCGCCCACGACCACUACGCGCAGGUGCUGCUGCGCGAGAUUGGCAAGCCGCCCGGGCCCGAGAUGGAGAACUGCGUGGAGCGCGAGGGCUACGCGCUGGCGGCCGGGCUGGCGCUGGGCUGCGUGUGCCUGCGCGCCGGCGCGCGCCCGCCGCUGGCGCACCUGGCGCACCUGGCGCCGCGCCUGCGCACCUACAUGCUCGGCGGCGACCGCGCGCCCGCCGGCAACCAAACAGACAAGUACAAGCAGGGCUCGUUCGCGAUCCGCGAGGGCAGCACGGUGAACCUGGACGUGACCUCGCCGGGCGCCACGCUGGCCCUGGGCCUCAUCUACAUGCAGUCCAACAACCAGGCGCUGGCCGAGUGGCUGGAGCCCCCCAGCACUGCCUACAUGCUGGAUUUCGUGAGGCCGGACCUGCUCAUGCUGAGGGUUAUAUCUAGAGGACUAGUGUUAUGGGACAGCAUUGAACCCACUGAGGAGUGGGUGGAGAGUCAGGUGCCGUCGACGAUAAACCCAUAUUGCUUCGUCAAACCAACGGACGAGAAUAUCGACUAUGAGGCUAUGAACCAAGCGUACUGCAACAUAAUAGCGGGCGCGUGCUUCGCCCUCGGGCUGCGCUACGCCGGCUCGGGCUGCGAGGAGGCGCGCGACGCGGCGCUGCACUUCGCGGCGCGCCUCGACGCCGCCUGGGCCGGCGCGCCCGACCUCGCCGGCGCCGCCACGCUCGAGGCCACCUGCUGCGUGUGCCUGCUCGCCGCCGGCAUGAUAAUGGCGGGCCGCGGCGACGUGGCCGUGCUGCGCGUGUGCCGGCGGCUGCGCACGCGCACCGCGCGCAUCGCCGCGCGCCCCGACCGCGCGCCGCUCACGCACGGCGCACAGAUGGCAGUACACUGCACCAUAGGCCUGCUGUUCCUGGGGGGGUGUCGCGCCACGCUGUCCACUACUCCGGAGGCGGUGGCUGCGCUCAUCAUCGCCUUCUUCCCCAAGUUCCCCACGCACACCGAGGACAAUAGAUAUCACUUGCAAGCGUUCCGACACCUGUACGUGUUGGCGGUCGAGCCGAGACUGCUGCUGCCCAGAGACAUCGACACCGGGAAGCUCUGCUAUGCGAACAUACAGGUGAUAGAUUUAGAGGGAGCAAUGAAGGAAAUGAAAGCGCCGUGCAUUAUACCAGAGUUGAAUACGCUGAGGGAGGUGAAAAUAAACGACCCCCGCUACUGGCCCAUCACCUUCCAACGGGACCAAAAUUGGGACCAAUUGAAAACAUUCCUGAACUACACUUGGUGCGUAGACAUUAAACAGCGUGCUGGAUGCCUUUCCUAUCUGGACGACCCACAAGGCUUCCUGACCAUCCUGGCCCAAACCCUAACACUCGACAGGACCAACAUUUGGUCAGCGCAGUCGGACAAUAUCGAGCUCUUUACCAAUGACGAGAAAGUCAAAAAUUUCGUGAAGCACUACUUGGCCAAGGAGGCCAUCGUCGGCUCCAGCGCUGGCGGCAACAUUUGCGCCGAUUGCUUGUUGCUGAUGAAAAGGAAGGCGGGCUUCCGCAGCACGGGCCUGUUGAACAGGGGCUGCGUGUGCCGGAAGUACAGCAAGGACGAGCAGGAGUACAUGCAGAGCCUGAGUGUGGUCACUUACGAGUGCGUCGUCAAAGAUGUGCUGCAGGCUUUGCCGAUUUGGACCACGUUCUUGAAAAUAAUAAAGGAGAUGCGGACGGAGCCGACGACGUACCACAUGUGGCAGAUAAAGCUGCUGCUGUCGCAGGCGGACAGCGUGAGCCGGCGCAGCGGCGACGCCAUGCCGGUGGACGGCGCCGAGCAGAGCGAGCCGCUCGUCUCCAACGAGUUCACGCUCGCCAUCAAGCAGAAGAUCGCGCUCGCCUUCGACGCCUGGGAGCCCAAGCUGCAGCCGCUGCUGCGCCGCCACCUGGGCGCCGGGCGCGGGGCCCGCGUCGGGGCGCCGGCCGGAGAAUGUGUUGAUUAA